UCUCUCCCUUCCCUCAGCCUCCCACGUCCGCAGGGUCCGCGUGCCGUCCCAGGCCUCUGACGUAGACCAGUUCCUCGACGACCUGUUCAUGCCCGUGUUGAACUCUCAGCUGGACGAGCUCUCCGACGCCCGUUCCCUCGCCGCCUCCAUCAAGGGCGGCGGCAGGAGAGGAGGGGCGACUCAAGGAUUCGAGGUUUCCCAUGAGGACGAGGGGGACUUGGAUUAUGACGAGAGUAUUGUCUUGGCGAGAACGCGCCAAGGCUCCUUCAGAAGGCAGAGUCUCCUCCAGACGCUGCAGGACGUUGACCUGAACGAGUCCCUGACGGCCCUGACCACGGCGCCCCUGCUGGAGGAGGCGCUCAAGGGCGGAGGCCAGGGCGCCGCGGAAGUCGAGACCGGGGCGCCGCCGCAGCCGGGGGCGGGCGGCGGCUUCUUCCCCAACGUGUCCCUGUCGGGGGCGCCGGGCUCGCCUCCGCCCUUCGCCAUGCCCAACACCAUGCCCCUCUACACGCCCGGAGGCGUGAACGUCCCGGGCCUCCAGCAGCAGCAGCAGCAGCAGACGCCACAGGCCACGAACAUGACGCCCAACCAGAUCCUCGUGUACCAGCAGAAUGUACAGCGCGCCUUCCUGCAGUCCGCUGUGGCCCAGAACAUCCAGAUCCAGCAACACCUGAUGGCACAGAACCAGGCGCUGCAGCAGCUCCUGUCGCAGUCAGUGCCGCACAUGGGCAUGGCAUCCCGGGACUUUAACCCUCAGAGUGCCCUCGGCCUAAAUAUACUUGGCAUGAUGUCCAUGUCUGGCUUGCCCAUGGCGACUGGCAUGCCCUUGUCGGGGAUGCCGGGCUUGUCAGGGAUGCCGGGCUUGUCAGGGAUGCCCGGCUUGUCAGGGAUGCCCAUGGCUUCUGGAAUCCCCAUGACGCCGGCAAUGCCCAUGACAGCGGGUAUGGCCAUGUCACCAGGCAUGCCGAUGGCCUCUGGUAUGCCCGCGGGCUUAUCGGUGUCAUCGGGCAUGCCCAUGACGACUGGCGUACCCAUGUCCCCUGGGCUUCCCACGACGCCAGUGCCCCCUGCGGGCAUGAAUGGCAUCGCAGGCUUGACAAGCGUCCCGGGCAUGACAGGGACCCCAGAUGAAUCCCAGGUUGGCAGGGCUCACUACCGGGUGGGCGGGGACACGUACUCGCUCCCCCAGAGGCGCGGCGUCGGCAGCAGCAACAAGGUGUCGUUCCAAGAGCCCGAGCAGAGCGAGCUGUGGAGCACCGAGAAGGCCGGGAGCGCCGAAGGAGGCAAGGAAGGGGCGCAGGGAGGCAGCCAGAGACCCGCCGUCCCCUCGAUGUCCCCGCCUCCGCCCUUGGUGAUGCUGAGUCCGGGCAGCUCGGCGCCGAUGUUCUCGCAGGCGGCGGCCCUGUCCUCGCCCGUGCAGGACCAGUCGUCCAAGAAGACCUCGAACGCCUCCGAUGACGCCAAGAUGUUCCACGACUUUAGCAUAGGACCUGGGUCUCCGGGCUCGCUUGGCUCGCCUCCAGGAAACGCCUUCGGAGCCACCGAGUCUCCGUGGGGGGGCGUGGUGCCGCCUCCCCCGCCCAUGCCGACGCACCUGCAAGGGGAGGAUGGCCAGGGUGGCUUCAUGGACCCUUACCAGCGAGCCAAGACCGUCAGGAUAGGCAAGUGGCGCUGGCCUCCUCCCAAGGGCGAGGAGGACCCCAACGACUCCUUCCUGCAGUUCAAGAUCAGGCAGCAGAGCAGGAAGACCUCCAAGCAGAGCGACGGAAGGGACUCGCAACGCCCAAGCCGCGACGAGAGCUUCGGCGUGGAGUGGGAGGAGUUCGAGAUGGGCGGCAUCCCGAGCAGCGCCGAGCAGAGCCCCCGCAAGGACAGCCAGGAGAAGAUCCAGAUGCACAUGCAGCAGAUGCACAUGCAGCAGAUGCACAUGCAGAUGCAGAUGGAGCUACAGGCGCAGCAGCAGACCAACGGCUUCGGCCCUAUAUCCCCGAGGGACGCGACGGACGGCAAGGAGGAGAAGAAGGAGAAGGAGAAGAGUGCCCCACGCAGGCGGAGGGACUCGUGGGACAACCCCAUGGACGAGGGGAAGUCGCCGGGCAUCGGGAAGCUCAAGAUUUCGCGCGAGAUGAGGGAGAAGCUGGAGGCGCUCACGUCGUCGCAUCCGUCCAGAUCCAAGAAGAGCCCGACCCAGAAGCAGACGCGCGGCGUCCCCAAGAAGCUGGAGGCGCACCGCCAGUACCUCCUUCAGCACCAGCUGGAGGGCGACAAAUGGGACACCGUGGACUCGUCGAAGGGCGUGUCGUCCAAGGGCGAGAAGGGCGCCGUGCCCCCGCCGCCGCCCAUCGCCCCGCCCAACGCCUUCUCGGGCAGCUCGCGGGCGGACGUCAGGUACCACCGCUCCAAGUCCCCGGACCCGUCGGUGUCGUCGCAGGAGAGCUCGCCGGUCAUCCCGCAGCCGAGGUCGCCGCCGCCGCCCAUCCAGCCGUCGGGCUUCCGCGGCGGCAUCGAACUGCGCGUCGAGGCCAGCGAGCGCCGCACCUCCGUGUCCACCAUGCACACCGAGAAGACGGAGCAUUUCGAGCUGGAGGAAUCGUCCGAGUUCCUGCAGCCGGUGGACCAAGCGCCGAUCCUCGUGGACAAGGAGAUGGAGAAGAGGUCCUACGAGGCUAUGAAGACCCGUCUGCUCCCGGCGCCGCACAGCCCCCACCUCACGUACUCGCGCGUCCCUUGGUCGCUCACCCUCAGGAAGGAGGUGUUCGCUCCAGGGGAGACGCUGCACGGAGAUGCCCUCCACCUGGUCUUCUGUCAAGUGGUUCUCGACGUGUACGCAGGAAAUACGCCCAGGAUCACACACGAGCAGCGCACGCACAUGAGGAAGAUCAUGGACAACCGCGGCAUCACCCCCAACAACACCUUCUCGCAACACCACAAGACGAACGUGAAGCGCGAGAUCGUCGACUUGGCUAAGUCUUGGCCGCUCUACUUCGCCGCCAUUUUCCCUGUUACGGGUUCGCGCAAGGCCGGCGACGUGGAGCUGGUGGCCGUGUCCCACUCGGGCGUCCGGCUGCUCCGCCGCGACCACAACCACCUCUCGGUUCUCAACUCGUACAGCCUGGAGGAGGUGGAGGAGGCCGAGUGUCCCCGCGCGGGCUCGCUUCGCCUGACGGUGUCCGGGGGCGGCCUCAUCGUGCUGUACACCCCGAGGGCGCGACAGAUCGCCGCCAUCCUCAACAAGUACACAGCCUCGGCGCCGGGAAGCCGCGAGUUCGUGCGCGCCAUCGCCGACUACAUGACGACGGGCUCGACGCUCCUCAACUUCAAGAAGGGAGACAUCAUCAGAAUCAUCAUCACGGACCAGUACGGCGACAAUGGCUGGCUCCAGGGCACGCUGGACGGGCGCUCGGGGCUGUUCCCGAUGGAGUACGUCGUGCCCAUCGGCCGCUCGGAGGCCAGGAGCGCCGCCAAGGAAAGGAUCAAUCACGUGAAGCCGGAGGACGCCAUCGACCCGGGGCUGAUCGAGAACGAGUCGGAGGUCCGCAGCGCCGUGAGCGGGACCACCUCGACGUGGACGCAGCCGCCGCAGCACGUGAGCCACAACCACAACCACAACCUGAACCACAACCACAACCACACCCUGAGCCACGACGAUUCGGGCCACUCGUCGGGCGGCGAGGGCGGCGGCGGGGGGCGCUCGGGCAGCGGGGCGAGCGGCAGCGGCAGCCAGCCCGUGGUGCAUGACGGCAAGCACUCGCUCCUGCAGUUCGCCCUCCAGCACUUCCGCAUGUCCAAGGAGCAGGGCAUCGUGCAGUCCGACGGCACGCUGCAGGCCGGCAAUAACAAGAACAAGAAGAAGAAGACCAGCAAGGACCAGGUCGCUGAGUGGACGUGGAAGGAGCAGGUCGAGAUGGUGAAGUUCAGCCAGUCGCCCUUGACCGCGUCGCUGCUGCCCCUCGUGCCGGAGCUGGACAACCUGGCCAUCGAGACCUUUGUGGCCGUCAUGCGCUACAUGGGCGACUACCCCAUGGCCCCCCAGCAGACGGAGGUCCACUGCGUCUACACGAUCCUCAUGAACUGCCACAAGCACCACGCGCUCCGGGACGAGGUCUACUGCCAGAUCAUGAAGCAGACCACCAACAACAAGUCCUCCAUCCCCGACUCCUGCCAGCGCGGGUGGAGGCUGUUCUCCAUCGUCGCCGCCUACUUCACCUGCUCCGAGAACCUCAAGCCUUACCUCUUCAAGUAUUUGGAAACCGCGGCUUACGAUAAGAGGAGAGCGUAUCACGGCACAUCGAUGGUUUGUCUGCAAAACCUCCGCAAGACCUUCAAGUACGGAGGUCGCAAGAAUGUGCCAAGCAUCGAGGAAAUCACAGCCAUCACCGCGGGAAGGAACUCCAAGAGGCAGAUCUACAGGCUUCCGGGCGGCACUGAGAGGGUCAUCAACACUAAGAGCACUUCGGUCGUCCAGGACAUCAUCGAAGAGAUGUGCAGCCUCAUAGGCGUACGAAAUCCCAACGAACAGGAGGAGUACAGCUUGUAUUGCAUCGUCGAGGGAGACACCUUCACCAUGCCGCUGGCCAGGGAAGAGUAUAUUCUUGACGUCACGACAGAACUCUUGAAGAACCAGCAGGUCUUCUACCUGAUCUUCUGCCGGAGCGUGUGGUACUACCCCCUCCGCUCGGACAACGCCCUCUAUUACGAGGUCGUCUUCAACCAGAUUGCGCCGGACUACCUCGAGGGGCUGCUGCUCGUCACGCCCGGGGAACAGCUGCAGCAGGAUGUCAUUUACGACAUCGCCAAGGUCGCCGCCCUUCUCCACCGCGCCGCUGACCUGGAGGACGUCCCCACGAUGAAGGAGGUCAAGUACCUGCUCCCGAAGCCGGCGCUGACGGUGCGGGACGUGAAGCCUCCGCAGUGGGUCAACAUGGUGCAGUCAGCGUGGCCGGAGGUGUCGGCGCUCACCAGCCUGCAGGCGAAGGCGCAGGUUCUGGAAAUCCUGCAAUCGUGGCCGCUGUUCGGGUCGUCCUUCUUCGCGGUGAAGCGAGUGACGGAGCCCAAGGAGCGCUCCGACCACAUCCUCGCCCUCAACAAGCACGGCGUCCACUUCCUCGACCUCCUCACGCAUGAGACCCUGAUCAAGUACAGCCUGGCCGAGGUGAUGAGCACGCGCAAAGUGAAGAGCGAGGACGAGCUCUACCUGGACAUGAAGUGCGGCAACCUGAUGCAGCAGCGAAUCACGCGCAUCCAGACCGAGCAGGCGCACGAGAUCUCUCGCCUCAUCCGUCAGUACAUCACGAUCGAGCAGCGCACGACCGGCCACUCCCGAGGCGACAACCCCAAGGACGUGACGCUCUCCAGAUGAGUCCCGCGCGAGGGCGAGGACGGAGGCCGGGCCACUCUGACGGAGGCGCAGGGGAGGUUGUUUUAGACUUGCGUCCCCGAGAAGUGGAUGUGAAGGAAGACAUUUCGAGGGCGGCAAGGCUCUUGGUUGGGCUAAAUACCGGAGAGACUGCUACAUAUAUAUAUAUAUAUAUAUAUAUAUAUAUAUAUAAAGAUCAUAUCAUAUAUCAUAAGUGGAACGAAAAUACUUCUAUGUAAUUGCAAUAAUGAACCCUCAGUCUUACGCACCCAUGUACAGUCUUUCCCAAGAGAGGAAAAGGACGGCAUGAAUGCUCAAGUACACGAUUUUUUAAUGCCAUGUAAGUAUUGAUUUAGGCGAGUGUGGGUGCUACAUUGGUGUGAGUGUUAUCACAUCACAUGGUUGUAUUCCCCGUAGUGACAGACCGUCGUUCAGUGACGUUUCCCACUACAGGGGGAGUCGAGAACCUAAACUCCAGUAUUUGACUUUUUUAUCGUGAAUGAGAUGAUGAUGAUGAAGGUUUUCGUUGUUGUUGUUUUUUUUAUAUUGUGAGAUAGACUUUUUUUAAUGUGCUGACUUGACCUUCUUUUGGGUUAAAAAAAAAAAGACGUUUUAUGCGAUUUUUACAUGAUUCUGAUCGCGUUUUUUGAGAUGGUUUAUAGCUAGUAUAUGGUAUAUCUGUGUGAGAAGAGAUGGUGCAUCGUGACUGAAGUGUGCAUGUCAAAGAGAAUGAUAAAAACAAGUGUGAAGUGUGACUCUGAUAGAAAGUUAAGUACUGAUGCCAUAUAGCCUGUAUGAUAUAAGAUUUUUUUUUUUUACUCCGCAUCAAAUGAUUUUUCCCUCCCUCCUGCAUCAUUUAUUUCCUGUCGUGUAUGUCUUUUCUAAGAAGAUUUUUUUUCAUGAUAGAUUAUUUAUGGUAUCUAAGAUUUACCAUUGACGGUAAUACUGACUUUUUUCCAACCAUUUUUGCUGGUUUUAGAAAAGUCUCUGAAUAUGCUUUGAAAGCUCGUGUUUACCUCAGCACGAAUUUCUCGAUCGACAAUGUUCACGAAACGACGAAAGUGAGACGGAGAAUUAUGCAGGAUUUGGAGAGAGAAAAUGUAUGUGUAUAUAAAAUAGAAUUCUGAUUAUUUAUUUAUAAGUUGACAAUGUGCAUGGCUAAAAUUAUAUGUAAAGACGCUGUCCAUUAUACAGAGCGAAAGAAUGUUAAGAGAUUUUUAAGGGUUUAAAAAAUGCAUUUAUUUGCAAUAUUUUUAUCUGAGAAAUUUUGCAGCUGCCGUGCACUGCUCAAAGAUGUGAUCAAUGUAUAUGUCUGACUUUGUUAUAUUGUUACAACAAUUUACUAACUAUACUAUAUUUUAUUUUCAUAUGCUUAUUCGGCACUUUGUCUGUAAAGCUUUCUCCUAACAAUAAAUUUGAAUAUUUUGA